GAUUAAAAAAUGGUUUCUCUCUCUCGAAGUUAUUAUAUUAAGGCGACUUUCGUUGCAAAUCCAAUGUGCGGGCAGCAGCUGAAGCUAACCACAACAAACGGCGAUUUAGCCGGAGCAACUGAGGUUCCCGUCGAUUUCUGCUCCUGGGCAUGCCUUAAAUCCCUUUUUCGUCAAUGGGGCACUGGUGAUCCAUUGAAGGAGUUGGUCAAUUUAUAGCAUCAUCACUGUGGAAUGCUCUUACCUGGGUGUUUUUUUUUUUUUAAUACUGAAUUGAUAUAUUAUUCACCCCAGUAAAUUUCUGGGAUUUGUUCAAUUUCAAAACUCUGCAUCGCAAUUGCUGCGUGUUGGUACAAUGUCGAUGUUGUCAAAGCUACGUUGCAUCACCGUUGAUGUCACGGGUACACUCAUAGCCUACAAAGGAGAGCUUGGUGAUUACUAUUGCAUGGCAGCCAAAUCUGUGGGAUUACCAUGCCCCGAUUACAAACGUGUCCACCAGGGUUUUAAACUUGCAUACACUGAGAUGGCAAAAAAGUACCCCUGUUUUGGGCAUGCAGCAAAAAUGCCCAACAUUAUUUGGUGGAAAACGUGUGUCAGAGAUUCCUUUGUGAGGGCAGGAUAUGAGUAUGAUGAAGAGACAUUGGAGAAGAUUUUCAGGCGUAUAUAUGCAACCUUUGGUUCUUCUGCACCUUAUACUAUCUUCCCGGAUUCCCAGCGGUUCUUGAGAUGGGUACGUGAACAGGGUGUUAUGGUUGGGCUUGUCAGUAAUGCAGAGUAUCGGUAUCAGGAUGUAAUCCUUCCGGCCAUGGGUCUAAACAAGGGAUCUGAGUGGGACUUUGGUGUGUUCUCUGGCCUAGAAGGAGUGGAGAAACCAAAUCCAAGGAUCUAUGAGAUUGCCCUCGAAAAGGCUGGGAAUAUUGCACCGGGAGAAGCUCUGCACAUUGGGGACAGCAUGCGCAAGGACUAUUUGCCGGCUAAGAGUGUAGGAAUGCAUGCAUUGCUGCUUGAUAGAUUCAAGACAGCGGAUGCUGAAGACUGGAGGAAAUCCGGUGCACCUGUGCUUCCUGAUUUGGUAUCUGCGCAAGAAUGGCUUACUUCAGUGAAGUUAACCUGUUAAGAGGCUUCCAUGUUUGUUAAACAUGGUCAGAAAAAUUUUCCUCUGAUCAAUGGAAAUCUGAUGAGGGAGAGUUCUUUGUAUUUUGAUGGGGAAAAUGAAUACUGGGAUAGUUGAGAGUAUAAUGAAUUCUUUUUGUUUUGUU